AUGAAAGAGGAAACAUGUUUCGAAAUGGAAAACAAAAUGUGUAAAAUGGGUUGGACGGAGGAAUUUCUCCAUGCCUCCAUCCUCGAACGGAGGCAUGGAGAAAUUCCUCCGUCCAAGGAAUAUCUCCAUGUGGACGGAGGAAUUUCUCCAUGCCUCCGUCCAAGGACGGAGGUGAGUGAAGACAUGGAAGAUAGAAUAAGCAACCUGCCAAUUGAGAUUAUUGAUCUUAUUUUAGAUUACAUGCCGGUUCGAGAUGCUGCAAGGGCGAGUAUCUUGUCUAGGAAAUGGAGGUAUAUUUGGCCUAUGCAUCCAAAACUGAUUUUUGAUGAGCACUCUUUUAGAGUCAUUAGGCAUGGCAGUUUAAUUAUGCCAGAUAACAAUAUUGAUAAGAUAAUCAACAUAAUUCUGUUACAACACAUGGGACCUGUAGUUAAGUUUCUCCUGGAUCUUUCAUAUAUAAAUUCAGCACAAUACUCGGAUGUGGAUCAAUGGUUGUUUUUUCUGUCAAGAAAUUGUCUAGAAAAACUUUCCCUCAUGUAUUCCAAGCCAAAAGCCAAACCUUAA